ACCCCACAUGAAAAAUAACGUUUGUCCUUGGUGUAUCUUCUUCUCUCACAGCAUCUCCGUGUUUGCUUCUCGUUCCCAACAAAUUGGCAUCUGACAUUGCUCCCUUCUUUAUAUUAUAACCAACAGCAAUGAACUUCACCGCAGCAACUCCAAUCCAUACGUCCUUCUAUCCUCCUUCCUCUCUCCAUUUCAAUCGCCUCAACCCCACAAUCCUCAAUCCCAUCUCUCUCCGCCCUUCCUUUUCUUCCUUCACCCCUCGCCGCUCCUCUCCUUUCCUUGCCUUCGCCGCCACCACUGCCUCCGACCACAUGGACUCCCAUCGCCUUCAGAAGGGAAUCGCCGAGUUCUACGAUCAAUCCUCUGGCCUUUGGGAGAACGUUUGGGGCGAACAUAUGCAUCAUGGAUUUUACGAUCCUGAUUCUUCCGUUUCCCUCUCCGAUCACCGCGCUGCGCAAGUCCGGAUGAUUGAGGAGACGCUUCGGUUCGCCGGUGUGGAGGAGGCGACUGCGGUGGUGGAUGUUGGGUGUGGGAUUGGGGGAAGUUCUAGGUAUCUGGCCAGGAAAUUUGGGGCGAAAUGUAGAGGUAUUACUUUGAGCCCUGUUCAAGCUAAACGGGCUCAAGCGAUUGCUGCCGCCGAAGGAUUAAGUGAUAAGGUGUGUUUUGAAGUGGCAGAUGCUCUGAACCAACCAUUCUCAGAUGGGGAAUUUGAUCUGGUAUGGUCCAUGGAGAGUGGGGAGCACAUGCCCGACAAAUCCAAGUUUGUUAGUGAACUAGUUAGAGUUGCAGCCCCCGGAGGUACUAUAAUUAUAGUUACAUGGUGUCAUAGAGACCUUGGGCCUUCUGAGAGUUCGUUGCAGCCAUGGGAGUUGAAGCUUCUUCAGAAGAUUUGUGAUGGCUUCUAUCUCCCUGCUUGGUGCUCCACUGCUGAUUAUGUCAAAUUACUCCAAUCCCACAAUCUCCAGGAUAUAAAGAGAGCAGAUUGGUCUGGGAAUGUAGCUCCGUUUUGGCCAGCAGUUAUUCGCUCUGCAUUCACUUGGAAAGGCUUCACAUCACUCUUACGAACUGGAUGGAAAACAAUAAAAGGAGCACUAGUAAUGCCAUUGAUGAUUGAAGGUUUCAACAAAGAUCUCAUCAAGUUUGCCAUUAUUACUUGCCGUAAGCCACAAUGAAGAAGAAGCUUCUUAGUAGACUUUUCCAUAACCUAAACCAAUCACUAUAAAACCUCACAACCAAAUUAUUCCCUCCUAGUAAUUCUUCUUCUUCUUCUUCCUUUUAUUUUCUUUUUAUGUUGCAUUUCUUGCCUUAUUACUUAAUUUUUAGCUUUUUUUUUUUAAGAGUUAGUUCCUUUCUUUAUGUUAGAAAUGGGUUAGAUUUUUUCCGCAUCCUUCAACUUGUUUUUCUUAAUGUAUAUCUAUUUGUGUUAGUAGGUGAAACAUUCACGUUAUCAUUUGUAAUUGUUAAGAGACUUGUAUAUUUAGUGAAGGAGCCUAUGUUCAUUAUUAUUAAA